GGCUGUAAAGAUGAAGUAUGACUGAUAGAAUGCUUAAACUUUCGGCUAUAAAAAGCAUCUAAUUGGCUUGUAAUACACAAUUCAAACACAUAUUUGUCUCCUGUUCUGUUUGCUUUUUUGUGUGUUUCUACUGCAAUGGCUAAUCACAUGAUUUUCUUCACGCUGGGACUUUAUCUGCUGAUAUGUUGUUACACCCACAAUGUUAUGGCAUAUGAUCCCGAUCCCUUGCAAGAUUUCUGCGUUGCAGACAAGCAAAGCACAGUUAAAGUGAAUGGGUUCGUGUGCAAAGACCCAAAAGUGGUUUCAGCAGACGACUUCUUCUUUGCUGGACUUGGGAAAGCAGGCAAUACAAUGAAUGCCGUAGGAUCCAACGUAACAGCGGCAAACGUUAUGCAGAUACCAGGCCUUAAUACGAUGGGUAUAUCGUUGGUCCGCAUCGAUUACGCAGUGGGUGGAAUAAAUCCUCCUCACACACACCCAAGAGCCACUGAAGUGCUUUUUCUUAUGGAAGGUACGCUUUUUGUUGGGUUUAUUGAUACCGCUAACAAGUUUUUCUCCAAGACGUUGGAGAAGGGAGAUGUGUUUGUGUUUCCCAAGGCGCUGGUGCAUUUUCAGCAGAAUGUGGGGAAAGAAAAUGCAGUGGUGAUCGCUGCAUUGAGCAGCCAGUUGCCUGGAGUUCAGGUCAUUGCCAAUUCUCUCUUUGCAGCGAAUCCUCCUAUUCCGGAUUCCGUAUUGAGCAAGGCUUUCCGGAUCACACAACAGAUUGUAGAUUUCAUUAAGGGUAAAUUUGUGUAGAAUCAAGUUUGUGGGGUCUAUGAAAUAAAACAAAGAGGAAAGGACUUGGGCAGACCAACUGUACCGAAUCUUUGUUCAUAGUUUUUGUAUUGUCCGUUUAAUAAAACUGCUCUUUAUGUCUUCUUUCGUAUUA